GUCCCAUCCCUCCACAGCACGCUCCCCAGCUCCGCCCGGAUACAGGAAAACUGACCGAGCUGGUGCUGCUGAGACCUCCUCAGUCCCACUGGCUUGAACAAUCCCCCCCAGGAUGGACCACAGUGGAGCCAGCGAGGGGCCCGGGCCAGGCGGAAGACCCUUCAGUUCCUCCUCUGGGACACCCAUGGGUGCCAAAGGACAAGCAGCACAGAGUGGCCAAAGACCCAAAGUAAAGAUAACUCCUUUCCACAGCUCACCCAUAGUCAGCAGUGAUGGAGCUCUCCGCAGCAGGCGACCAGGAGCAGCUGCUGGGAAUCGGCUGUUGUCUCCUGGUAGCCUGUUCGUGGACAUACCUGGUCGGCUCACUGCUCCAACUUUUAGAGGGAGACCUGCUGCUCCUGUUGCUCCUGCUCCUGGUGCUCCUCCUGCUGCUGCUGGGAGCUCAGAGGAUCCAGCUCUCAGUUCAGGCUCCGUCCUGGCCACAGCAGGAGACAAAGAACAGACAAAUCCUCAAGUCAUCAAGCCUGCUGGGAAGAAGGCACCAAAGUCUAGCACAGAGCUUCAUCACAGCCAGAAAGGCCAAGAGAGGAGAGCUGUCUCCACCUCUGUUAAACCUCAUGCUGCUGUGAAGAGGAAGAAGAGGAAGAUGGGAAUGUAUAACCUGGUCCCCAAGAAGAAGGCCAAGACCCCGAGACAGCAGGACAAGAAAGAGGAGCCAGGAGCCAGCAUGGAGAGUAACAGUACUGCAGCAGAUAAGAAACCAGUGAUUCUACCAGAGACUGUGAAGGCUGAAGAUUCGCUAGCAGUCAGGAAUGACUCGCAGGUGAAAGUGAAUCCUGGAGAAAGCUGCCCUGUUGAAUACACUGAGCUGGCUUUGGACUGUCUGGACCUGAAAGUUCAGGAAGAACUUCUCUCACCCCCCCUGUCAGGUGUAGCAGCAGAUGCUGAGCUGACAGAAACAGACCUGGCUGAGGAGUUACCACUGUGCUGCUGUCGUAUGGAGACUCCUCACAGCGGAGGCAGCCUGUCCACAGUGGAUCAGACCUGCAUGGCCAUGGAGAGCAUGGAUGGAAUACUGAUUCGUUGCCAGAGACAAGUGAUGAAGCAGGAAAUGAUGCGACCCUCCAACACAGUUCAUCUGCUGGUUCUUUGUGAGGACCACCGGGCCGGCAUGGUCAAGCACCACUGCUGCCCUGGCUGUGGACUCUUCUGCAGGGCGGGCACCUUUAUGGAGUGCAGGCCUUACGGGAGCAUUUCCCACCGCUUUCAUCGUGACUGUGCCUCCAUCAUGAAGGACCUCAGGUUUUGCCCCCACUGUGGUGAGGAUGCCAGCGGAGCGAAGGAAGUCACGGCGUUGAAGGCUGAUCUGUCUCCAUCUGUGCCCAGAUCAAACCCCGGUCCGUCGCUCCCCACUGUACCCACUGUGGCCUCCCUGCCAUCUGUAACAACUGCACCUGCUGUUCCACAGAUACUCAGAGCCAAGAAGACCAGUGAGCCACAGAUGAGCAGAGACAAGAGCCCGAGCAGGUCAAAGAGUGAGGCUGUGUGUGCUGCAGAUCGACUGCCUAAAGAGUCAUUGGAGAGCAUCCUUAUGGCACUGGAUGAUGAGAACCUGAAACCAAAGAGAGUGAAGUACCCCGCCAGGCAGCUGUACAUCUCUGCUAAACAAGGAGAGCUCCAGAAGGUCAUUCAUCUUUUAGUUGAUGGGAAGGACCCAAACUUUUUGAUGGAGGGCCACAACAAGGGGACCCCUCUUCAUGCUGCAGCUGCUGAGGGUCACCAGGAGAUCUGCCACAUGCUGGUCCAGGCUGGAGCUAACCUGGACAUGUUUGAUGAUGAGCAGAGAACCCCGCUGAUGUUGGCCUCUGAGAACAACCACCUGGACACGGUCAAGUACCUGCUGAGAGCUGGAGCAGCUGUGAGCCACAAGGAUAUCAUGGGCUUCACCUGUCUGCAUCUGGCAGCCAAACUGGGACAUUAUGAUAUAGUCCAUCAUCUGCUCUCCAAGGCAUCCAAAUAUAUCAACUGUCAGGAUGACGGAGGAUGGACUCCCAUCACCUGGGCCAUAGAGUACAAGCACAAGGAGCUGGUCCACCUGCUGCUGGCCAGAGGGGCCGAUGUUAACAUUAGAGACAAGGAGGAGAAUGUCUGCCUGCACUGGGCGGCUCUUACGGGCUGCGAUGAUGUGGCCCAGGCUCUGCUGGAGGCUCGAUGUGACCUCAACGCCAUCAAUAUUCACGGUGACACAGCGCUGCAUGUUGCCGCUAGAGGGAACCACCUGGAGUGUGUGAUGUUGUUUCUGUCCCGUGGAGCUGACAUCAAUCAGAGGAACAGAGAGGGAGAGACGCCUCUGGACUGCUGCGUCUUCAGCUCCAAGGUGUGGACGGCUCUCAACACCAACAAGAAGUUGACUGACGCCAGGAGAGUCAGAGACUCUCAUGGAGAGAGAGUGCUCAGCAGGGACAUCUCUCGGGGCUAUGAAGCAGUUCCUAUUCCCUGUGUUAAUGGCGUGGACAGUGAGGCGAGCCCUGAAAACUUUAAAUACAUACCUGACAACUGUGUCACCUCCCCAUUGAACAUAGACAAGGACAUCACUCAUUUACAGCAUUGCAGCUGCAUAGACGACUGCUCCUCCAGUACAUGCAUGUGUGGUCAGCUCAGCCUGCGAUGUUGGUAUGAUAGUGAGGGCCGACUGCCACUUGACUUCUGUCAGAGGGAGCCCCCGGUGCUGUUUGAGUGUAACCAUGCCUGCUCCUGCUGGAAGACCUGCAGGAACCGAGUGGUCCAGAAUGGGCUCAGAGCCCGGCUGCAGCUCUUCAGGACACACAAAAUGGGCUGGGGAGUGCGAGCCAUGCAGGAUAUCCCUCAAGGAACAUUCAUUUGCGAGUAUGUCGGGGAGAUCAUCUCUGACGCAGAGGCUGAUAAAAGGGAGAAUGACUCUUUCCUCUUCACCCUCGACAAUAAGGUGGGGGAUGUGCACUGUAUUGAUGCGAGACUCUUUGGCAACAUCGGCCGCUUCAUCAACCAUCUGUGUGAGCCCAACCUGCUGGCUGUGAGAGUGUUCACCAUGCACCAGGACCUGCGCUUCCCCAGGAUUGCCUUCUUCUCCAGCAGGCCCAUCCGAGCUGGAGACCAGAUAGGGUUUGACUAUGGUGAUCACUACUGGAAGGUGAAGAGCAAGUACUUCAGCUGCCAGUGUGGCUCUGUCAAGUGUCACCACUCAGCUGGGAGCAGAUAGAAGCUCACUGAUGACCACUGAUCCCUCUCUCAGCCUGCUGUCACAUUGAUGAUAGAAACACUGUCUUCUGAAGCAGAUACCACGUCAGAGCGAUGCUUCGGUUACAGUAAUACCAAUGAGAUUAUCUCAGAGCACAGUACCUAACCUAUUUAUACACCUAAUGAGGAUACUUUAACUUCUGAAGAGCACUGCAACUUGCCACCAGCCAGAAAUACUGUAUGUGAAAGUGGCUUUAACAAGCCAAUAAUCAGGUUCAUUCAUUUUAACAGAUGAUUUUAAUAUUCAUGGACUCUUUAUUUAAAGCUACAGUUGGUAACUUAUGAAAUGAGCUUACAUCCAAACAGUAAUACAUGAGACAGACGAGAAUCAUGUUCCACUGUCUCCUUGUAGUGAUUCAGAUGCCUUUUGCUAGAAUCUAGCGGCUGUUGGAAAACAACCAAUCAGAGCUGAGGAGUCUCUGACUCAGCUGUCAGUCAUGUGAAUCACUGCUCGUAAACUUCGGUCAAACUGUCAUACAGGUAAAAUGAAGUUUGCUCCAGCUGCUGCUUUAUUUUCACUUGACUGUUUUCAACAGGGCGACCUAGUUAUAAAAGCCAUUUUUACUUUGAGCUGGCACUAUACAGCCACAACAAAGUCCUCUCUUCAUGCCUCAUUUGUCUUAUUCCACAGAACCAAAUGACAGCAGCAUCAUUCCACUCCAGUGUGUGAUGAUAGACUGCGUCAUGGUAUCCUGCAGUCAAAAGAGGCGUGACGAACGUGAUGUGACACAACACGAUGGCCUCUUGUAAGACAUAUAACACAUGCCUCUUAUGAAAGCAGCACUUUCUAAACAACAUCAAAGGCAUAAUAUGUCAUUAACAAUCAACUAGCUUUUCUGAUAUAUGGUGGUUGACCUUGUCCUCUGCUUGGAGGGUAAGGAGCUCCCAAAUUUCACGUAUUUCUUAUGUUGUGGACAAUUUGGCCACUGUGCUUCUUUAAGUUAGCCACUAAUUGCUAACAGCUGCUUUUUCAAUCUCAAGUGGUGGGUCACAUGCAUGACACUUUGUCAAAAUGUCACAUCUGUGCCACCCAUGAGCCUGUCCUUCCAGCUGUCAUUAUACAGAAAUUGUUUUACUGCUAAUAUGACCUCCAGUUUCAGAUUGAAGGCGAGAAACGGUGAUAUUCCCACCAUAAACAGACAGUGUAAAGGGGCUAAAUUUUCAUUUUACAGCUAAACAUUUAACAAAACUGUUUAGUGUUUUCAGUUCAAAGGCAGUUAUUGACAUGAUUGAGAGCUGUGUUAGAGGCUCCUCAACUCUGAUUGGUUGUUUUAUUGUCCUGUGGUUAAGAGCACUAAGAGGAGACAGAGGAACCUAUUUUUCACAGAAAGUCUCAUGUACUGCAUUUGGAUAUAGUGACAGUUUUAGCAAAUAUGACAGUUAAACUAACCAACUACAGCUUUAAUACUGCAGAGUGAUAUAUUUGUGGAUUAUUAAAGUGAAAUAAUGUUUUGGUAGUCUGAUCUCUUCUAUGAACAUUCUUUUUACUACACGUCUAACUAUUAAUCAAUUAAACACUUUUUUAAAGCA